UUGCAACUUCCAUGAAACUGCCUGAAACUUCAUAUAUCUUCCAAAGACAAAACCCUAAAUUUUCUUCCUAUUUAAGCAUCACAUUUUCUUUGUAAAGUAACUAAAAAUAUCUCAAAUGGCAAAAUAUAAUAUCCCAAAACCAAACAAAUGGUUCUCCAACAAAGGUCUUAGGUCAAGUCUCACUCGUAGUUCAUCAACCCUAAGUUCAUCUCCUCCAUCUCCUAUGUCCCCAUGCACGCCAAAAAACAAUGCAACAAAGAUUAAAGACGAGUUAAAAGAAGUUUUUCGCCAUUUCGAUUCGGACGGGGACGAAAAGAUUUCGGCAUUGGAGCUUAGGUCAUUUUUUGGUUCGGUUGGUGAGUAUAUGUCACAUGAAGAAGCUGAAACUGUGAUCAAUGAUCUUGAUUCUGAUGGAGAUAAGUUGAUGGAUUUUAGUGAUUUUUUGAAGUUAAUGAAAAUUGAAAAUGAUGAUCAUGAUCAUGAUCAUGAUCAUGAUCAAGAUGAUGAUCUUAAGAAGGCAUUUGAAAUGUUUGAAUUGGAGAAAGGAUCGGGGUGUAUAACACCUAGAGGAUUGCAAAAAAUGCUUCAUCGAUUAGGUGAUUCGAAAUCUUAUGAUGAAUGUGUUGCUAUGAUUCAUGUGUUUGACAUUGAUGGUAAUGGUGUUCUUGAUUAUCAUGAAUUUUAUCAGAUGAUGGCAUAGUUAAUUAAUUAAUUAAAUUAUUAGAUUAAUUGUAAAAAUAGGAUAUAUAAAUAUAUGUAUAUGUAUAAUGUGUGAAAGAUUAAUAUUAUGCAAGUAUAUGGUGGAUUGGUUAAUUAAAGAGAAGAAGAAAAAAAGCAAAGAAAGAGGGAAUAAAGAGAGAUGCUAUUUUAUUACUAUAUUUGUUUUGGUUUCUUCUCUUUUGUUUAGGAAUUUAUUCUUCCAUUGCAUAUAUUCAAUAUAAAAGAAAUUGCUUGUGAAAUUCAGUACGGAAACAAAGCAAUGUAUCUAUAUCUUUUGGGUUACUGAACUUAUAAAAUGAAAAUUUUAUUGUACUCCCUCCCUCCCAUUUUAAUUAAAUAAAUUUUCUAUUUUGGA